AUGCUCCGGCGCGCCCUCGCCAUCCACCCUCCCAUCCUCAAACCACCAAUGACAGCACCAGGACGACCAAAAGCCGAAUCCCCCAAACCCCUCUUCAGCGGCAACGUACCAACCCUACAGACCUUCGCCGAAGACACCGCAACCCCAACUUUCCACAGCCGCAUCCUCCCCGCCAUAAAACACGAUUACCUGGAACUCGAAUCCCACAGCAACAAAAUUCUCUCGUCAACAGACCCAGACGAACAAACACGGUUCCAAAACCAACUCACCUGGGAACUAGCCCGCCACCUAAUCGGUGAGGAACUCGUCGUCUAUCCCGCGCUGAUCGAGUCUCUUCCCGACGGCCAGGGAAUAGCAGAUAAAAACAGACUCGAGCACCAGGGUGUCAAAGAGAAGUUGAAAACGUUCCAGGGUCUUUCAUCUACGGAUCCAAAGUUCGUGCCCACGCUUGAGGGGCUCAUGCGGGACUGGGCCAUUCACGCGAGACAUGAGGAGGAGGUGGACUUGCCCAGGCUUGAGGAGUUGUUGUCUAAAGAUGAGAGUGUUGAGUUGACUAAGUCCCUGGACCGGGUCAAGAUCUUUGUCCCGUCUAGAUCGCAUCCGCUUGCGCCUACCGAGCCGUUCUUUGAGACUGCUGUUGGGCUUUUGACGGCGCCGAUUGAUUCCCUGGCGGACUUGUUUCGGAAGUGGCCUGAUGGGAAGGAGAAGAAGUCGUAG